UCCGGGCGGAGCUGAGGCUGUGUCCGCCAGGUGCGGUGCAGGGUACAGGCCUGGGCGGCGGGAACGAGCGCCCCGCGGAGCUGCUGCUGCCGGACCAGCCCGGGCCGCCCAUCUGCCUCCCGCCGCGCUCUCAGGCGCCGAGAACUACAGCUCCCAGCAUGCCGUGAACUUGACAGCCAAGGCACUGGGGCGGGGUCCGGCCCUCCUCCGGCCCGCCCCGCUCCCCAAGCCGGCCCCAGCCGCUCUCCCGGCCGCGCGCCGAGCGGGGACGCGAGCCAUGGAGGAGGCGUCGCCCUCGCUGCUGGGUUGCAACAAGCCGCACCUGGAGAAGCUGACCCUCGGCAUCACCCGCAUCCUAGAAUCUUCCCCAGGCGUGACAAAGGUGACCAUCACAGAAAAAGUACCUGCUGAACGUCAUAUGGUUUCUUCAUGGGAACAAAAAAAUAACUGUGUGAUGCCUGAGGAUAUGAGGAACUUCUACCUGAUGACCAAUGGCUUCCACAUGACUUGGAGUGUGAAGUUGGAUGAGCACAUCAUUCCAUUGGGCAGCAUGGCAAUUAACAGCAUCUCAAAACUGACUCAACUCACCCAGUCUUCCAUGUAUUCACUUCCUAAUGCACCAACUCUGGCAGACCUGGAUGACGAUACCCAUGAAGCCAGUGAGGACCAGCCAGAGAAGCCUCACUUUGACUCUCGCAGUGUGAUAUUUGAGCUGGAUUCAUGCAAUGGGAAUGGGAAGGUUUGCCUUGUCUACAAGAGUGGGAAACCAGGAUUAGCGCAGGACACUGAGAUCUGGUUCCUGGACAGAGCAUUAUACUGGCAUUUUCUCACAGAUACCUUUACUGCCUAUUAUCGCUUGCUUAUCACCCACCUGGGCCUGCCCCAAUGGCAGUAUGCCUUCACCAGCUAUGGCAUUAGCCCACAGGCCAAGCAAUGGUUCAGCAUGUAUAAACCCAUCACCUACAACACAGACCUGCUCACGGAAGAGACCGACUCCUUUGUGAACAAGCUGGAUCCCAGCAAAGUGUUUAAGAGCAAGAACAAGACCUUAAUUCCAAAAAAGAAAGGGCCUAUGCAGCCUUCAGGUGGCCAGAAAGGGCCUUCAGGCCCCUCCACCUCUAAAUCUUCCUCUGGCUCUGGAACCCUCAUCCGGAAAUGAGCACCCCAUCUCCAGCCCCCCACCAGCCCUGCUGUGGCGAUGUCCAUGCACAGAUGGCCCCGGGGGUGGCUGCAACCACAGAUUCUUUGUAUGGAACCAUAGGCAUCUUCCUAUCUGAGUGACCAAAAUCCUAGGCCUUUUACUCCCUCUGACAGGAGUUGGAAGGGCACACAGAGGUCUCCCCAAGAGUCCUUCUUUCAUAACCAUCACAGCAGGUUGUGCUAUCCCCUGCUUCCAGAAGCACUGGGUAAGUUGGGUUGUGUAAGUGGCCACAUAAAUCUGUUGAGAGCUUUCCUGUUUCCACACCCAAUCCUCAAUCCCUUAGCAGUGAUCUGAAAUCCCCCCAAAGAAACCGCUGGUUCUGACCCCUGAGAAUGGUUCAAUCAAUAGUCACUUGUGGCUAUUUAAACUUAAAUUUAUAUGAAAAUUUUUAAUUUGCAUUAGCCACAUUUUGAGUAUUCAUGUGGCUAGCAGAUUCCUUCUGGGGACAUUUCCAUCAUUUCCUCAGAAUGUUCUGUUGGACAACACUGCAUUAGAAUAUUUCCAUACUCUCCUCAGACCAAUUUUGAUGUUAGAUAAUGUUGAUGCCUUAAUUUGAUGAGUCAUAAUAUUCCAUGAAGACUCUUGAAGAUACAGUUGUAUGUUCUUUAUAUUGAUUGCCACUAAUAUACCUCGCUCUGCUCAUUUCUUUACAGUUUCCUAUAAAGUUUUCUGCUUCCAGUUUUGUAUUGUGAUGUUUGCACAUUUGCGAAAAUUAUCUUAUUU